AAGACACGCCCACGUAGACCUGUCAGCUGCUCAGUCCAAGAUGGCGCUGUCCUGUAUAGGGGUGUGCCGCGGAACUUCAUUGAUCUUACUGUACGGAAAACGACCUGUCGGGGUCAAAGCAAGUCUCUGCACACUUAGACUGGCUUCCACAAAAUCCAGUAGUUUGUGGUUUGCUAGACACUACUCGCCUUCACAAGCAAGACAUGGAAUUGGUCGAAGCGUUGUGUCCGGUCUGAAAUGGGCCAAUGAGAAAUAUGAGAGAUUCCUGCAACGUCGCUUUCCACGAUUUUACAUUAUCUAUCACACUUUUAUGAGAGGUUUCCGGCUCCUGUUUCAAGAUGGUACAGAAGUGAGAAGAAUCGUAGCCCGCAUGCUCAGUGAAAAAACAGAGUACCAGAAUUUGCCUUACCGUGAUAUGGAGAAAAUCAGGCAGGUCCGCAAGGACUUAAUCAAAGCCAUUCCAUUGGUCAUCUUAUCAGUACCUCCUUUUGCCAACUAUGUGGUCUUCAUCCUUAUGUACCUCUAUCCUCGCCAGCUUCUGAUCCGGCACUUCUGGACCCCACAGCAGCUGGUGGAGUUUCAGGGGGUGUAUCAUACCCAGAGAGCACAGCACCACUGGGCUAUAGUCAAAGGGCUGGAGAGCACGUCAACAUCUGUCCAAGACAGUCGCCUCAAAAGCCGCCUCUUGGAACUCUGCAGUAAGGUCCGAAGUGGAGUCCAUCCUGUGGUGUCUGAUGUCCAUGCAGUGAGAACUUUGUUCUCUGGGCCUCCCUUGGGUGUCAAGAGAAUGUAUGCAGAUCAAAUGAGGCGCCUGUGUCCUUUGCUCUUCCUGAUGCCCCGCCUCCCAGCCUUUUGGAUUGGUCGACGCUUGAACAGCCAUGCCUUAGAACUCAUGCAGCUUGACCGCACCAUUGUUCGAUUAGGCGUGCACCAAUUAAACGAUGCGGAGCUCAGAGAGGCAUGUUACGUGAGAGGGCUGAAUCCUCACUGUCUGAGUCCAGGGCAGUGCCGGGAAUGGCUCACACAGUGGUUGCAGUUCUCAACACACCUCAAAGAGUCAGAGACCUCCCUCUAUCUGCACUGUAUGGUGCUGCUCACUGUAAACUACCCUAAACACCCACGUCACUGACCUCAGAAGGAAGUAGAUGACUUCUCUUCCUAAUGCCCAGUGCUGAAAAUCCAUCACCACACCCAAAGGCAAAACACCACAGGAACAAACAGACUCAUGUUUGCAAAUUCAAGCAGCACAACACUUUUUUUUUUACCAUGAGUCCUUUGGCUCAGUCACACGUUACUUUCAUUAUGAAGGGAUUUUUUGAAGUUUCUGCAGGAAUUAUUCUUUAAAGGGCCUGCCAUUCUUUAAAAGUGUUUCUAGGAGAUCCAAUUUAGUUUACUUCAGUAAGGAACAGAUAGGACGGACAUUGUCAUUGAAAGAUGCCAUCGGGAUUCUGGAACUUGUGGAAUAAUUUCAUUCAUUUUUUUUCUUCCAUAUAGACAGGGUGUGUAAUUAGUGACGUACAUUUACACUAUGAGAGGUUCUAACCUGAUCGGAGACAAAAAGCACACUGAACAUAUGCCAAAUGCAACCAUUUGGAAUUAAAGCUCAUUGGUCUUAUCUUGAAACAUUUUCAUUUUGAAUAUUUAUUCUGCUAACAAUAGUUGUUCAUGCACAGUCAUUUGUGAAUUGCGUUUUGAGGCAUUUUGUACCUUUGUUUAAAAUCUGCACUAAGUAUCACCUAUCACAUUAAUUUUUCAAGUGUCUGUCUCGGAUUGUUUAAAAUGUUUUACUAUAGAAAUCCAUUUUUUGAGUUUGAAAUCAGAUGACAGGACUGGAAAGAGGUUUACAGUCUUUAAAAAUACUGGAGAUAAAGUGUAUUUCUUAAUAUAAUAUUAAGCUAAGUUCUAUAAUGCAGCAUAUACUCACUUUAAUUAAAUGUAUUAUUUAUUUUGAGUUCUCAAAACAACACAAAGAAUAUUGCACCUUGUUCCUGACCUAUCCAAUAAGAAGCUGUUUUCUGUGAGCAAUAAGCUGUUUGGUCAAAGCAUUAAUGUUAUGCUAAAUGAGUCUUGUCAGGUUCUGAAAUAACUUGAACUUCUUAUUCAGCCUUUUAACAGGUGCCUUUUACUUAAAAACACAGGAAUAAAUUAGGUGCAAUACCUGCCGUUAUCUUUUUGUGUUGCAAUAUUUUAUUUUUAUAUAAAGAGACAAUGCCGUUUGGUUCGGUGUUAAAGUACAUAGUGAAUGCAGUAUGAGAAGACCUGAACUUCUAUUAAAAGACUUCAAACUUUAUGAUCUCUGUUUGCAUCCUUCAUCAAGGUAGCAUUGAUUCACCAACCAAAGUAGUAAGUUGAAAUACCUCUAAAUAUUUAAGUUCAUUACGUUCUAUUUAACACAAGGACAAACUUGUUUAGAACAUUUUAUUUCUUUUAUUUUGACAAGAAUGUUCUAUAAAUGUAUAAAAUUUGGCAUAUCGGUAAUUAAUUGAUUAUUGUCCUGUAACCCAAAGUAAUGUCACUGCGGUAAAGAUAAAGUUUAAACGAUGUCUAAAGUAUAAAUCUGAGACUUAACAGGAGACUAAUCUACUGGAUUAGUCAUAGAAGCAUAGACGUCAUAGAUAUUUCAUUCUCAAAGAAAAUGAGUACUCUCAACUUACACAGCAAGGGGGAUAAUAAUUGCCAUUUAUAUAAUAGUUU